CUUUAUCUGACACUGUCACCCACUUACACAAAAUCAUGGCUGACAGAAACAGCCGGCUCAGUGCUAAGAAGAAAGAGAAGAAGGUGGAAACCAAAACGAAUGAUGAGAAGGACAAAGAAAAAGAUAAGGGGAAGGAGAAAAAUGCGAAAAAGCCUGACAAAGUUGUGAAGAAGCCAGAGGAGACCCCCGAGCAGCCCAAGACAGAAGAAGAGAAGAGGAAUGGGGAAAGUGGAGGGGCAACAGGAACGGAGGCGGGGAACAGUGAAGAAAAUGGAGAGUUUGAGCCCAUUGAGCUGCCACCGUUUGAAAUUGUGACAGGGGAACAGAUGAGCCCGUUUUACUUCAAGUUUCAGUUCAGGAAUGUGGAGUACUCAUCAGGGAGGAACAAAACCCUACUGUGCUUCAGAGUGGAUACAGCAGGAGGCAGCACAGAGCCUCUGAAAGGUUAUAUGGAGGAUGAACAUGCCACAGCUCACGCUGAAGAGGCCUUCUUUCAACAGGUGCUCCCUAACUCUUCCCAGGAGCAUGAAAUCACAUGGUAUGUAUCAUCCAGUCCCUGUGUGGCCUGUGCAGCCAAGCUGACCGGCAUCCUCCAGCAGCGCAAAAAGCUCCGUCUCUGCAUAUUCUGCUCCCGUCUCUUUGAGUGGGAGCAGCCGGAGAUAGUAGAAGGGCUCCGGGCUCUGGCCAGUGCUGGCUGCAAACUGCGGAUGAUGAAGCCUUCUGACUUCGUGCAUGUUUGGGAGACGUAUGUGGAGAAGGAGGACCAGAGCUUCUCGCCCUGGGAGGAUUGUCAGGAGAACUACGAGUACUAUGUUGAGAAACUGGCUGAUAUCCUCAAGUAGAUGUGAGUCAUGUUACAGGUGAACAAGAUCUCCCCAGUGAAUGAACCACAAAUCAGCCUACUUGCGAAAUCAGCCACCGGUUGAACAUAUAUUUUAAUGAACACUCAUGGCAACAUUUUGUAUUUUUUAUUUUGAUAAUUUCAUAGGGAGUCACAAGAUACUUGAAUUUCUACAUAAAUAUAUCGUACAGUAUCCAAAGAACAAAGCAGUAACUGUUGUUAAAACAUUAAAUAACAUUUGGAUGAGCCUAACUUAUAUCUACUGACAUCUGGUGUUUGUUCUAAGAACUGAAACACUAUUUGAAGGAGAGCCGAUAAAUGAUCUUGCAGAAUAUAACAUUAUGUACAGUGCAUGCCAUAACUGAAAGCUAACAAAAAGCUAACGAUGUAUAUGAUUGAUGUUUAUCACAUAAAUAAUGUUUCAUAGUUUAACAGUACCUUUGACAGUCAGCACAUCAAUAACAUGCUGUCAAUUUUUAAAAAAAUGUACAAUUACCACCAGCAAUGUGCAACCAAGUAAAGUCAUAUAUAAAGAACAAAUCUAUACACAG